AUGUUGGCCCGUUCAGUGCUGCGAUGUGCAGCUCCCUUACGCCUGAGUGUCCGCACAUAUGCCACCGAAGCCCCUAAACCGUCGUCCUCCUCUUCCACACCAUUCCUCGUAGGUGGUGCUGCAAUCGGCGCAGGAGCCCUGGGCUAUUCAUUCCUUGGAAGCAGCAAGAAGGCUCCCGUUGCUACUCCUAAGCCGGCUGAAGAUGCAAAAGCCGCGGCUCCUGUGGGAAAGACUUUCACCGGCGGCGAUCAAGGCUUUAUUGAUCUGAAGCUCGCUGAGGCCGUUGACUACAACCACAACACAAAGGUCCUCAAAUUUGAGUUGCCGGAUCCCGAACAUGUCUCUGGCUUGACUGUUGCUUGUAAGUUCCAUUACACCAUUGAGAGGCUCUGGUCAAGACACGACAAACGGCUGACAAGAUUGAGGCGGACAGCUGCGAUUAUCACAAAAUUCAAGGGACCCAAUGAUGAGAAGCCUACGAUUAGGCCAUACACGCCCGUCAACAGCGAAGACGCAAAAGGCCACCUCGACCUGAUCGUGAAAGUCUACCCCAACGGACCGAUGUCCACACACAUCCACGAACUGAAGCCCGGCGACACCCUGUCCUUCAAGGGUCCAAUCCCAAAAUACCCGUGGGCGGCCAACAAGCACGACCACAUCACGCUGAUCGCAGGCGGCACGGGCAUCACGCCCAUGUACCAGCUGAUCCGCGCCAUCUUCAGCAACCCGGAGGAUAAGACGAAGGUCUCGCUCGUGUUCGGCAACAUCAGCGAGAAGGACAUCCUCCUGAAAGAAGAGCUCGAGAAGAUUGAGAACGAGUUCCCCCAGCGCUUCCGCGCCUACUACACCCUCGAUAACCCGUCCUCUGGCUGGAAACAUGGCAAGGGCUUUAUUACCAAGGAUCUGCUCAAGACUUUGUUGCCGGACCCCAAGAGCGAGAAUAUCAAGGUUUUUGUCUGUGGCCCGCCGGGACUGUAUAAGGCCCUCAGUGGCCCGAAGGUCAGUCCUACCGACCAGGGUGACUUGUCUGGUAUCCUGAAGGAGCUCGGGUACACUAAGGACCAGGUCUAUAAAUUCUAA